UAGGACUGUGGUGUUUUACAUUAAUAUCAUCUUUCUUUUCCAUAUUCAAUUCUCGAAUCUCAACCCCAUAAUAUGACAACUUACUCACAUAUCUUCAAGAUUUUUCUCGAUCUGUGCGAAGAAAAGGAUGAUAUACCAUUACUCGCUGAUCUUAUUGAAAGGCACAGUCAGCACAUAAAAGCUAACAUUGGCAAAGAUCAAGAUGAAGAAUAUAGCAAGCUUGCAAGUGCCUUUUUCAAGUACGCCAAUUCAAGAGGCAUAGAAGCUAAGAAGGGUGAUGCUAAGGCAGCCUGGAAAAAGCAUAUCAAGCAGCAAGCAAGCAUUGCUAUGACAGCAACAACAACCAACAACAGAAAAAACAUGGUCUUAUGCCAAGAUUAUGGUAAAGAAGAAGGUGUCUUUGGUCGCUGGUCUGUUGGUGAUGAAGACUUGAUAAAAGUUUUUCAACAAAGAAAGAAGACGUGUUGUUGAGCUGGUGAGGAACAAGAAGAUGCUAAGAGAAAGUCAAUACUUGCUGCUUUCCUUUAUCUUGGAAGUGCCAGUUGCUGUUGAAGGAUUCUGCCUUGAAGCCAAAAACUUCAAAAAAAUAAGAAAAGCGCUCACUCCUGCCACAAAGAAGAAGCAAUUCGAGCAUGAAAUUCUAGUCAUGUUUAUUGACUUGAAGACACAAUGGGAGCUGGAGCAAGAAGAAAAAGAAGAAAAAGAAGAAGAUGAUGACGAUGAUGAUAAUGAUGAUGAAGAAGAAAAAGAUGUGCAGUACUUGC